CAAUAAUAUUGGAAAAAAACAUUAAGCUUGCUUUAUUCUCUGUCAGUAUGCUUGCCAUAUCAAGAAGUUUAUGUCAGAAAAAUCUUCAGCAGAGUCAUUUUUUUAUUUGUUCUGUAAGAACUUGUCAUCGUACCUGGAUAUAUAAGAGAUUUCUCAUUCAAGAUAAAACUGACUAUAGAAAGCCACAGUACUUAAAAUUGCAAAAAUGUGACUUUCGUACUACACAAAACUUGCAUAUCCCACCAUUAGUGGCUAUGCUUUUGCGUCCUGUCUUACGUAUUGGUGCAUUAUUCAUGGGACGUAGUAUGAAGAAAUGGUGGACACGUAAGUCUGGGCAAGAGAAAGAGGAAUAUAAGCGAUGGUUUGGGGAAAGAAGCAAUGUAUUUUUAGGUUGUUUUGGACUGUAUAGCCUUAUGUUGAUUCUUUAUUAUAUAACUCAUCUUAAAACUGAUCCAUUGACAAAACGUUCGAGAUUUAUAAUUUUUAACCAGGAGCAAGAGAAGAAAUUAGGAAAAAUGAUUCUUGAAGCUCAUUUAGAGAUUCAUAAACAAAAUUUGGUACCACAUUCUCAUCCAGCUUACAAAAGACUCAUAAGUAUGAUUGAAAAAAUUCGUACAGCUAAUAGAGAUUUAAAAUUAAUGAGAGAUACACAGUGGACUUUAACUGUUAUUAGUACACCAUUAACAAACUCAUAUAUCUUACCGGGUGGAAAUAUCUUUGUAUCUUUAGACAUUUUAAAAAUUAUCGAAAAUGACGACCAAUUAGGUAUUGUUUUAGCCCAUGAAAUGGCUCAUUCGUUGCUAUCACAUUCCCUUGAAGCACUAUCGGAUCAACUAUUGUGGGACUUUUUAAUAACAAUACCUAUAUUAUUAAUUUGGGCAUUAUUUCCUGAUAUGGCAGCUGCUGUAAUUCAUAUGAUAGUAGAACGAAUUGUGAAUAUCAUGUACAAACUUCCAUUCAGUAGAGUUUUGGAAAAUGAAGCUGAUGAAGUAGGACUUAAACUGGCUGCAAAAGCUUGUAUUGAUAUUCGUGAAGCUGUUGUAUUUUGGGCUAUAAUGAGGACACUUACAGAAAUGCAUACAUUACCUCCAGAAUUUCCAUGGAUAUCAACACAUCCUGCUCAUGGCGACAGAGAGAAGAAUUUAAAUCAAAUCAUGACAAAAACAUUAGAAUUGCGAAAGAAUUCAGGGGUAUGUCAUUUAUUUUUUAAUGACGAACUACUUGAUUUGUCGCGAUUACCUUAUCAUCAUCCUUCCUGUUAUUCUGAUAGUAUAUUAUUUUAA